AUGGCUUCAUAUCAACAAGACGUUAGAAUGGAUUUGGAUCAAAGUCCUAUAGAGACUUUGAAUGAGCUUCGUAAGCAGUGUCCACCUGAAUUACAAGAAUAUCUAAACACAUUCGAAGACAAUUAUGAUCGAAAGCUAUGGCACCAACUUACCAUAAAGAUUGAGGAGUUUUUUUCGAUACCGAUUUCUAGUCCGUUUCAAGUACCGUUGUUUCAACACUUUAUAUCUGAUUGGGAGAACAAGAUGAAUAAACUUAAAUUAGUAUCGUUGGGUCUUUCUGUCGUGAAACAAUUUGAGGAUCGUAAUCAGGAAUUAGCCUUCCUAACGUCUCUUGUAGAUAAAGUUGACAAACCGGAUACGCGUGAUGCAUAUGUUCAUGCUGUAAUGGAAACAGCUUAUAUAAAACUUAUGUUGAAUGAUUUUGAGGGAACAAAAGAAUCCAUUGAUAAAUGUGAAAAAAUUCUCGAUAAAUUUGAUUCGGUGGAAACCGUUAUUCAUGCUAGUUUUUAUAGAGUUGCUGCUGAGUAUUAUAAGGCAAAAGCGAAUUUUCCAGAAUUCUACAAGAAUGCUUUGCUUUAUUUGGCAUGUAUUAAUCUUGAUGAUUUGACAUCAGAAGAAAAAACCAAUAGAGCUUAUGAUUUGGCAAUUAGUGCGCUCAUGGGAGAGACCAUUUAUAACUUUGGUGAAUUGUUGAUGCAUCCUAUUUUGGAUGCUUUGUCAGGAACUCCCCAUGAAUGGCUUAGAAAUCUAUUAUUUGCGUAUAAUGCAGGAGAUCUUACAAAGUUCGAAUUGUUGUCGCAAUUCUUACAAGAAAAUAUUGUAUUUUUACGCCAAAAAAUUUGUUUGAUGUCAUUGAUCGAAGCCGUGUUUCAGAGGAGUUCGGAUAACAGAACCAUUGCAUUUUCAUCUAUUUGUUCUGUAACUUUAUUGCCUCCUGAAGAGGUAGAAUAUUUAAUUAUGAAAGCUCUUGCUCUUAAGUUAAUUCGUGGAUCAAUUGAUCAAGUUAAAGAAGAGGUCAUGGUAACAUGGGUUCAACCACGUGUAUUAGAUUUAGUUCAAAUUGAUGGUAUGAGACAAAGAUUACAAGAAUGGGAUGAGAAUGUAAAGAAAACUGCUAUUAUUGUGGAAAAUGAAACUCCUGAAUUAUUUAUUCAAUAA